AAAAAAAAAAAAACAUACAAUAGAAAAUAUAUAAAAAAAAAAACAAAAAAAGAUAAAUAAUUUUUUAAUAUUAUUUAAAAAUGGCGGACUCAAUGUCUUCCGAUACAAAUUCCGAAUAUCAUGAAGAUAAUUUAUCUGAUACAUCAGCUGAACGUCAAUCACGAUUUGUUAUUGUUGGUCAAAAACCAAAUUUCGAUACAUCAAAAAAUGAAAGAAAUAUUUUGCAAAAAUUAUUUACAAGAGAGAUACGAGGCUGUUUAUCAAAGCACAAAAAUGCACCACAAGAAAAAUUAUUUCCAACAAUACCAGAAUGGGGACAUUUGCCAUUACUUCAUAUUAUUCCAAUGUCAGCACUUCAAGCUGGUCAUAUUGUAAUGGGUAUGACACAAUGUGGUAAAUUUAUAUUAACAUAUACAUGUAGUCUUGAUUUACGUGGUAAUGAAUCAGCCUAUAAAUAUUCAUUACAUUGGUGGGCAUUUUCACCUCAUAGAAUAUCAAAAAAAGUUGCUGAAAUAACAUUAUUUGGUAGUUAUUGUAUUAGUAAAGAACUUGAUGUUGUUGUUGCACAAUGGCCAAUGGAAACAAAUAAAGUUGUUAUACAUGGUUUACAAUCAGAUUGGGGUAAUUCACAAACAACUGAUAAAGCAUAUUUAACAAUAACAAAAGUACCAAGUUUAAGUAAUUGUCGUGAUUGUGCUAAAGUUGCUGCAUCAUAUGAAGAAGAUGAAUUAGCUGCUAAUUGGGAUGGUUGUGUACAAUUUAAUUGUUUAAUACAUGGUUUAACAGUACAUACAACAUAUGAAGUUAUAUCACCAUAUCCACGUUUUCGUGCAUCUGUAUGUCUUAAAUAUUGGAAUCAUAUUGUUAUUAAUACUGGCAAUUUUCUUCAUGUACUACGAGUUGAUUUAAUAAUACCAAAAAUUAAUAAAAAUUCAAAUGACAAUGGUAGUGAAGAUUUAAUAAAUAAUAAAUUAAUAAAUAAUGAUAAUAUUGAACAAAUAAUACAAGUUGAUGUUAAUGAUAUUUAUGAACUUGAUUGUUAUGAAAUAAAUAGAAAAAUAUCAACACCAGAAUCAAUUAAUGGUGAUGAAUUAUCACCUGUACGUGAUAAUACAUCAUCAACAUUGUUAUGUGAAUGUUAUAAUAAUGGUGAUUGUGAUUAUUGUAUUAAAAAUAAUUCAUUAUCAGUACGUGAUAAAAUAUUACAAGAUUUUUGUGAUGAUAUGACACAAGAAUUAAGUAUUGGUAGUGAUUCAAUAACACUUGUUAAACAUCCAUCAUGUUCACCAAGAUCAACACCACAAAGAUUACCAGCUGAUCUUAAACAACAAUGGUCAAUUAAUAUUAAUACACCACCAUCUGAUAUAUUACGUACACGUACAUCAACAUCAACAACAAAUGAAAAAUCUAGUCUAGUUAAUGGACGUUUUAAUAGUAAUAGUAAACGUUCAUUAUCACCACAACCUGGUACAUCACAAGAGCCAACAACAAUUGUAUCAAUAAAUUCACCAUUAAAUACAUUAUCAAUAAGUCCAUCACCAUGUUCACCACGUUUAAUGUCACCACCAAUAACAACAUCAUUUAGACAAAGAAGUUUACGUAAAAAUUCAUCUUCAUCAUCAUCUUCAUCAUCAUCAGCAGUACCACCACCACCAACAUCAACAACAACAACAACAACAAGAACACGUUCAUCUCAUAAACUUAUACUUGAAGCUGAAAAAGCAUAUGAAUUUACUGAUGAUUCAUUAGAACCUGGUGAAAAAUUAAGUUCAUUUCGUAAAAGACGUCUUGCUGAUAAAAAAUAUGAAUUUAAAGUUGAAGCUGAAGAUACAGAAAAUAUAAUACCAUUUAAACAUAUUAGAGAUCAAAAUGAACAACGUUAUUGUCCAAUUCAUCGUUUAAAUAGUGUUGAUAUUACACCAGCUUAUUCAUCAAAUAAUACAAAAUGGCAUUGUCAUCGUCCUGAUUCCGAAAAUAGUGAAAGUGAAGAUACAUCAAGUCAAGAUGUAUUUAAUGGAUGUUUUAAACCUGUUGAACCUGCUGAAAAAUCAGUACUCAGACCACUCAGUCAAAAUCAAUUGUAUAGUUUUUUUUCAAGUCGUGAUAGAUAUGGAAAAAUAACACACAAUGAUUCUCCAUUGGCACCAAAAGCCUUUAUUCCAUAUCCAUCAAUAAAAUGUACUGCUCAUUUUAAACGUAGUUUUAUUGAAUUAGAUGAUGAAAUGGUAUCAGUUAUAACUGAUGUUGAAGGUAUGUUAGCCAUCUUUAAUAUUAUUUUAUUAUUGAAUUUACAAUUAAUUAUUUAUUUAUUUAUUUUUGAUGUUAAAUAAUAAUUAAUCAAAAUUAAUCAAUAAAAUCAGUAAUCAAUAAAUCAAUACAGUUUUGAUAUAGAAACAUUUUCACAUCAUAUUGCUCAUUGGAUAUGUAAAAAGUUUAAAAAAAAAUAUUGGCAUUAUAGUGAUUAUGAUAUUGAAAUAAUUGAUGUUUGUGCAAUAACUGGUGAUAUUAUUUGUCUGCUUAUAAUGAAAAUACAAGCAAGUGAACAUUGUACUCAGCCAAUAUGCUCACAAGAGAGAAAAGCCUAUGAAGCUGGUUGUAAAUUUAUGUGGAAUAUUGAAUCAAAUCAGUAUAAAUUAACAAGUAUACUUCCAAUGAAUGAACGACCAACGAAAUUAAAUAAUUUAAGUAAUCUUGAAUCAAAUGCACCAGGUCCACUUUGGAAUCCAACACGUUAUAUUGUUCCACAACUUAGAAAAACAAGCAAGCAGCCUUAUGUUAGACCAGUUAGAUUUCUUCAACAUUCAAAUACAUUUUCAAUUGAUUCGUUGGUUGAAAUACUUGACAUGGAUAAUUUAGUGUCAAUUUACAUGACUCCUUUACCUGAUGACACAGGAACAGACUGAAUAAAUCAAAUAAUUU